CAAGCCAUGAAAAAGAUAGUCCACAGCAUCAAAAACCUCAGAAAAGCCGAACCCGAACGAGAAUUGGUCCAACAGGUCUUAGAGUUUAGAGAGGAGGGGAGCGUGAGUGUUCCGUGGGCGAGGGUGGAGGAGAGAAUGGUGUUCAGGAGAGAGAAGAGGGAGAGAGUGGCGACGAGGGCGGAGAUGGAGCUUCCGAGGGAGGAGUUGGAGAGGUUGAGGGUGGAGGCGAGGGGGUUGAGGAAGUGGGUGAAGGCGAAGAAGGCCGGAGUGACUCAAGAGGUGGUGGAUGGGAUUUUGAAAGGGUGGAGGAAAGAGGAGCUUGUUAUGGUGAAGCUUGUGGAACCAUUGUGCCGGAAUUUGGAUAGGGCGAGAGAAAUCGUAGAGAUUAAGACUGGAGGCCUAGUUGUUUUGAGCAAGAAAGAUGCUCUUGUUGUCUAUCGCUAUCAGUCGAAUGCAAAACUAUUUCAAAAGGAUAUAGAAUUUGGGCCUCCAAAGACUACAAGCAUGAAUUGGCUAUUAGAUAAUGAUGUUGGAUCUACUAAUGAAUCUCUAUAUGUGAGGGAAGCAAACAGAUUAUUGGAUAGUUUAGGGCCUCGGUUUGUCGAUUGGUGGUAUAAAAAGCCCUUGCCUGUAGAUGCAGAUUUGCUUCCGGAAGUUGUUCCGGGAUUCAAGCCUCCAUUUAGGCUCUGUCCUCCUGAAGAGAGGCCGAAGCUGAGAGAUGAUGAGUUGACAUAUCUAAGGAAGAUUGCUCGGCCAUUACCUACUCACUUUGCCCUUGGUAAAAAUACUAAACUUCAAGGCUUGGCUGCAGCUAUAAUAAAGCUGUGGGAGAAAUGUCUUAUAGCCAAGAUUGCCAUAAAAGUAGGGAUUCCACAUACCAACAAUCAGCAGAUGGGACAAGAGCUGAAGCGUCUCACAGGAGGAGUAUUGAUAUUAAGAAACAAGUUCUAUAUCAUACUUUAUAGGGGUAAAGAUUUUCUCCCAGGCAAAGUGGCAAGCUCUGUUCAUGAAAGAGAAAUAGAGCUUCAUGAUCAACAAUUGCUAGAGGAAGAAGCUCGAGCAAAGGCAAUCGCAGCAUUCGAUUCUAUCAAUGAAUCAAUACAAGGAACGACCAAAGUUGGAACUUUUUCUGAAUUCAAAGAGAUCCAGGCCAAUUACCUUCCCUUGAAUAGUGUAACUUCCAGUGAAAAGAUCAACAUUGAAGCCGAAAAGCAAAAUGUGGUUAAGCAGCUAAAAGAUGAAGAGCACAAGCUAUCAAUUCUCAAGUUAAAGAUUGAUAAAGCAGAGCAAGAGUUGACGAAGCUUAAUUCAUUAUGGAGUCCUUCAGAACAAUCUGUGGAUCGAGAACUUCUAACAGUGGAGGAAAGACAAUCUUUUCAAAAGAUUGGCCUGAAGAUGGAUGAAUUCUUGCUUCUGGGGAGGCGUGGAAUCUAUGAUGGUACCAUUGAGAGCAUACACCAGCAUUGGAAACAUAGGGAAGUUGUUAAAGUGAUCACAAUGCAAAAGGCACUUCAACAAGUUAACUAUACUGCAAAGCUACUUGAAAUCGAGAGCGGUGGGCUACUGGUUGCAGUGGAGAAGCUAAGACGAGGUCAUGCCAUCAUUAUUUAUCGCGGGAAAAAUUAUAGUCGGAUGCCAAAGAUAUCACCGGAAAAUCUAUUAACAAAGAGAGAAUCAUAUCAAAGAUCAAUUGAGAUUCAACGAAGAGGGUCGAUGAAAUAUUUUGCCCGGAAGAAGGAACAAAAAAUAUUGGAGUUGAAACAGAGACUGAGAUAUUUAGAGGGAAAAGCAAAGGAGUUGGAUUCAAAAGAAGUUCAAGAUGAGAACUAAAAGCUUUCAUGACUUUUUCUUCUCCGUACGAGUGGUAACUUCUUGUUGUCAAACGCAAUUUCCGGUCUUCAUAAAAACUGUGGUGAUGUAACUAUUUAUCAUCCAAUUCUUUCUGUAAAUACGCAACCCUUGUAAAGAAACUGCAAAGUUCUAAUAAAUGUGAUGAUUUCAAUCAAUGUGUAGUCUCAGGAAAGGUUCAUUCAUUUGUAUUUUGAAGUGCCUGAACAAACACCAUCUUGGGUCGUCAAUGGAAAUUAUCAUACAUUUGCAUUGUUCAAAUCUUAAAUAAGAAUCGGGUUAGUUGCAGUUGCAGACA